AUGAACUAUGGAAACAAUCCCAUCAAUGCCACCAUAAGCCAGGCCAAAUAUCCAGACAAAAUGGAAGUGUUAUAUAUUCUUCUGCUCCUGGGAUUUUUUGGAUUCUUUACAUUUGGAAUCAUGAUAAGUUAUAUCCGCUCCAAAAAACGGGAGCACUCCAAUGAUCCUUACCACACAUACAUUGCCAAAGACUGGAAGAAAGCCUCAACUGUCACAUCCCCUUGUCUCAGCAGCCCAACCUCGUCCCUCUAUCUAAUGGAGAACAAGUUUGCUGUGGAGCAGCCACACAAAUACCCUACCGACAGUGUGCACAACUGUAACACUGGACCAUUCUGGAUCUCUGGGGUCCCAAUAAGCAUCUGGUAG